UGAUAUAUACUGAAACAAGUCGGGCGACUUCAGACUACAUUUCCCAAAAAUACAUUUAUUGGCCAGUUUUUUACAAAGACUCCAAAGUGAAAUUUUUUGCGACCCAGCUUACUUUGAUAUACAUAUCAUCAGCUUUUCCUAGAAAAAUAGGAGGUUGCUCAACAAGUUUUAUCUCACUGGAGUUUCAAUCCAAAAGACGUUCUAUUUUCUAAAUAUAUAUAUAUUUUGUAUUGAAAAUAGUUGGGGCCUUGAAAUACUAAGUAUACUAACAAAUACAUUUUGUUUCGAACAUGGAUAAAGGUUGUUAUUAUCGUCGGACCAACAAGUCGAACGGGGCGCCCAAUGAUCAGCACUACUGCGAAAUGGGUCGUGUGGACAAACCGGAAGAUGGUUGCGUUAUGCAUUCGAAGGCAGGCAACAAAUCGCGCUUACACCUCCAAGCUAUGUACGAUGAUCGGUAUUGGCCACGUCCUGAAUGCGAGAAGUCAACGCAAACCUUGCUUUACGACUGUCCACGCUGCAACAGGGAGUCGACAGCUCAGCAGACCGACGGCUCAAUACGACAAUCCGGCUACGGGCCCGACGGGCAAUGCAGUUAUCAGCGUUACAACAGGAACGAUCCGACCGAGAACCUCCUCCUAAGUGACUAUCGCAAACAGUACGGCAGACAACCGCUACAGAAAACCAACGCCGAGUUGCCCGAGGGCCCGACUGAAAGACGUCCCAAGCAGUUGAGCUACGAGCGACCCGAGAGGAACGACCAGAACGCUCGGCAGGAUUGCACGGAUAUUCCCGUUUCGUCAGGUGCAGGCCAGGUGCCGAAACGUUACGAAAGGCCGCCUCGCUAUCAGGCCACAUACAGCAACGUGAACAGGGAGCCGUCUCGGCCAAUGGAAGAGCCGAUGCCGCAGCGAUAUCAGCGAUACAACGAACGCGUGGAGCCGCCUGCUGAGCCUGCCGAGGUCCGUCUCCCCAGGGAUUGUCAGAAGCAGUACAACAGCCAUAAGUUGUCACACAAGGAGCUGCCGUCUCUGGCAACGGAUGGACUCAGUCAAAGAUGUUGCAAGCAGCAGCACCAGCAGACGGAGGAUAAGCACGAGCCGAUUGAGCGGCCCGAUUUACUUGCCAAGGGCCAGACACCACCUGGGGCUCUGCGCCUGCCAAGGGAUUAUCGCAUGCAGUCUACCAACAACGGGGACAAGGAGCUGCAUACUCAACUUCCGGCUACCGUGGACACAACUGCAAAGGACUAUUACCGCAAGGAGUUGCCUAUUCCAUUAACGAAGGACUACAUUCCAAAGCGUAAUCCCAAGCAGGUCAAUUUUCAAUCAACCAAGGAAGUACCUGCUCCUCCUACUCAUCACAAGAAUCAUACUGGCUAUCAGCGCACCUACAGCAAUGUCGUCAAAGAUGUGCCUACACUACCAAAUAAAGAUCUGGAUCCGAUAUCUGAACGUGUGCCGGGAUAUGGCAAUACCACCAAAGAGGAUCCGCUACAAGCGCGCAGUUAUAAUCAGUCCAAAUUUGUGCCACCCAUUGACCAUUUGGACAUGGUCUACUUGUCACAGUCCCAACAGCAGCAGCAGCAGCCGCAGCCUGGACGUGCUCCGAAGCCGAGCCAAUACCCUGGCCCUAGCGGAGAUCGUGUGCUGUACAAGAAUGCAAGGUUUGCAAAUGAAUCGAGCGUGGAGCGUGACAGAAAACGCGACAGCCUGGUUGAUCUGCUCUACUAUAAAAAGCCAACAAAAUUUGACUACACUUCAACUGAUUCCACUUCGGCUUUGAUUCAAAUGAACGAGGAUAUGGCAAGAAUGUAUGACCUCUACACCACGGACUCCACCAGCACGCAAAAUGCGCAGGGGCGCAAGGACGAAAUAAACGAUCCGCCAAAGGGCAUAAAACACGAGCACCAACUGCCAUCACUGGGCUUGACCAGUCCCAUCAAGAAUAGUCCAGUGACGCCCAACAAAAACGCCAUUAAUGAUGGUCCUACUAUGAUCGUGGAUGGCUUCAAGCUAAGCGCCAAGGAUAUGAUCGAUACCAUGGUGACAGCGCCAAUGAUACGCCGAGUACAGCGCAUCUAUAGAGCCAAUUUAGCUGAACAGAUGCUGCUGGUGCAGGAACUCGACAGCAUUCCUAAGUUGGUAAAAGAGACCCUUGAGAACGCCAGGAAGAACUAGGUAGGCAGCACCUUGGGUUUACCCGUUCGUGGACUUCGCUCCACACACAGCACAAAGCUUACUCUACAGCAAAAGAAAUGUUUUAAUUAAAGUUGAAAUAAAUUAUUAGUUAUUUGUUAA